UUUUCAAGAACUAAUAGUUUAUGGGAGGAUAUUUCCCUUAAAACAUACACAGAGAAUUUAACUUAGUGGGGGUACAAGAUUAUUUUAAUUCAUAAGGGAACACAAUGUUUACAUUUAAGUCGGAGGUAAACAGGCAACUCAUUAGGAGUGAAGUAAAAAGUACUUUCAAUAAACAUUAGUAGUCUUUCCAAACAGUGGACCUGAAAAGAUCGACGCCUUUAGAUAAACAGGGUUUCUCUGUGCUAACCGCUAUCUAAGGCAAAGUUGGUACUGUAGAAAGAAUCAAAGGUGAUUGGGUUGACAGUAGGACUGGUUGUAUUUACUUGAAACAUAUGCUACAUGAGAGAUGCAUGUUUUAUACGCAUGUAUGUGACUCCUAUAUGAUUCCAAAGCCUUGCCUGUAGUGCAGAAGUGCAGAAAUAAGUGCAUCAGGAACUGACUAUAGAAAACAAUGUGUAUGUAUGUAAAGCAGCCCUUAAUACAGUUUACCUCAUCAGAUGGCCUCUUAGUUUAAAAUAAGUAGCCAAGGAAGUAACAUUUAUAUCAGAGCAAAUAACACAUCUUUAAAACAUUAAAUGGAAACAUGAACCAUGAACUGAAGGUUGUAAAGUUCAGGUGAGGUAAUUAUGUUUUCUGCACAUUUCCUUUAAUUUAAUUCACCAGCUCUUCACCACUGUUUGUAAUGAAGGUAUAGUAUGGUUCCAGGAAGUCCUGCAACAUGUGGAUAGAUUCUUCAAUUAUUUAUACUUUUUUUCUAUUAUUAUCACAAUUCUUGGGAAUAGACUGUGGAAGGAAAAGGAAGCAUUUCCAGAGAAAUGUAAACUGGGUGUUUCGUUUGUUUUGUUUUUAUUUUCCUGAAUUUUGUCAUAUCACUCUUUGAUUCCAGUUGGGUACGUGUCAAAACAAGAACACAAGAUAAACAGAAUCGAGUUUCCUUGUUGCUUAAGACCACUAAGCCUGUCUCGUAUGACAGUAAUUUCUGAGAUGUCAUCAGUGUGUGGCACAGGCAACGGCAUCCUAGAUGCACCUCACCAGGCUGCCAGUGGAGAGAAGCAGGAAAUGGAACACCCAAGAGUUCUCAUCCCAGAAUUGUGUCGACUCUUCUACAAGUUGGGAUGGGUGACGGGGACAGGCGGCGGGAUCAGUAUUAAAAGAGGGGAGCAGAUCUACAUUGCACCAUCGGGCGUGCAGAAGGAAAGAAUUCAGCCUGAGGACAUGUUUGUGUGCGACAUGGAGGAGAAGGAUAUCAGCUGUCCACCUGCCUGGAAGAAGCUGAAGAAGAGUCAGUGUACACCGCUUUUUAUGAACGCUUACACAAUGAGAGGGGCAGAGGCAGUUAUACACACCCACUCUAAAGCUGCUGUCAUGGCAACGCUGCUGUAUCCUGGCAAAGAGUUCAGGAUAACACACCAGGAGAUGAUCAAGGGGAUACGUAAGGGCACCUCAGGCAGCAACUAUCGGUACAAUGACACUUUGGUUGUACCGAUUGUUGAGAAUACACCAGAGGAGAAGGACCUUAAAGACCGCAUGGCUCGAGCAAUGAGGGAAUAUCCAGAUUCAUGUGCGGUCCUGGUUCGCAGACAUGGUGUUUACGUUUGGGGUGAGUCUUGGGAAAAGGCCAAGACCAUGUGCGAAUGCUACGAUUACUUGUUUGACAUUGCUGUGCAGAUGAAGAACUGUGGUUUGGACCCUUCAGCUCUUCCUGGGGAAGAAAAGGGAAUAGUUUGAAAAAUUCAGAAAAAACAGCUAGUCGAAAUGUAUUCAAAAGAGCAGGUUGUACCUUCUGGUCUUUUGUGAUGUUGGUCCUCACACUUGUAGAAGUUGGAUGGUUGGUCAAGGCUGAAAAAUCAAACACAUCUGGACAUGUGCUGCAAAAGCAUUGAAGGGCUGAUGAGUGAGCAGCUGUCAUGUGAACGUCCUCAGAUUCAUAUGCUGCUCUGUAUUGAAAUCAGUAACAUAGGUGGUAUUUUUUUAAGAUCUCUUUAAAUAUAAUAAAUUCACGUAACAUAAA